AUGUCGUCUACGUCGCCUCAAGUUAGAAAACGGUCCCACGAGCCUGACAUAAUAGACGACCCCCAGGACACCAUAAAUGCGAUAAUAUCAGCAUUGACCAUCCCUGCGGAAAGAACAAAUGUCGCUGACACCUACGCCAACGACAAGAACUUGGCCACAGAAGUGCAGGCGUACGCCAAGAUUGCCGGUGCCGACUGGACAUACUACGUCAAGUCAUUGGCAAUCUCUAUCGGCAGAAAUACCGAUGUGGUGGCAGCCGCUGCUGCUGCUUCUGCCACUAGUAAUAGCAACACCAGCUAUGUUGAUAUCGACUUGGGCCCCGCUAAAGUAGUGUCUAGACAACACGCCACCAUCACUUACAACUUGGACUUACAGUGCUGGCAAUUAAAAGUGUUGGGUCGAAACGGGGCCAAGAUCGACGGCAACAAGAUCAACCCCAACACCGACCACGGUUUACAUCUGGGUGCAAUUUUGGACAUUGGUGGUACCCAGAUGAUGUUCAUCUUGCCGGAUUCGCCGGCUGUUAUAGCACCCAAGAUGUUGGAACGUGGGUUGGCCAAGUACAAGGAGAUGCAGCUGGUGCAGCCCCAUAAGAAAUCCGUUAGCAUUAAAAACUUCCAGAUGUUUGACAAGGUCAGUCUUACCCAAUCUCCCUCGUCGGUGUCAGCAACCUCGUUGCAAACUAACCUUGAUCAGGACUUGUCCAAGGAGGAAUCCAAGGAUAUCAAGCCUCCUUAUUCAUACGCCACCAUGAUCACGCAAGCAAUCCUUUCCAACCCCGAGGGGAUAAUGUCGUUGUCGGAAAUCUACAACUGGAUUGCUUCCCACUAUGCAUAUUACAAGUAUUCCAAGGCAGGCUGGCAAAACUCCAUUAGACACAACUUGUCGUUGAACAAAGCAUUUGAGAAGGUUCCUCGAAGGCCCAAUGAACCUGGGAAGGGGAUGAAAUGGCAAAUCAGUCAAAGCUACAAACAGGAUUUUUUGAAUAAGAUCAACGACGGUACGAUUUCCAAGGCGAGAAGAGGCAGUUCGGUAUCGAGACAAUUACAUUUACAUUUAGCCACUCAUAAACAUUUACCCGAGCCACGGUACUAUGAAAACAUACAACAGCAGCAACAACAACACCAGCAAUUGCCUCCAAGACAAUCGAUAAUACAACAACAGGUACCCCCUCAACAACAACAACAACAACAAAUUCCACCACAAUACGUCCCUACAAACCCAAUGCAAUCUAAUCCUUUGUCGUAUAUGUCGGGAAUGACGGGACAGCCAAUGUACCAACCAAUCCCACCACAGCAACAACCUCAACAAGCACCCCCACCCCCUGCACAACAACUGGCGCAACGCUACUAUAAUAAUCAACCAAUCAUGUACGCGCAACCACCACCACCACCACCACCGCCAUCACAACAACCACAACAACAACAACAACAACCACAGCAGCAAUACUCCAUGGUCAACAGUAAAGAACUAGCAUCUCCGUUAAGACAACAAGUCCAACUACAACAACCAAGCAUUGACCAACCAAAGUUGCCUAAAGUGGGCGUUAGUGCAUCUGCCGGACCAGCGAUGUACUCGCUCCCACCACCUCCUGCACCCACCACCAACCUCUCAUCAGCACCUGCUGCACACUCAAGAUCUAAUUCUUACGGAACGACUGCUAAUUCCACUGACCUUCUGAGUAAACCAGAACAAUCGAGUGCCCCCAGUGAAUUGAGUCUUAAUUUCACCAGUCCCAAGAAGAUUUCGGCGCUCGAAGCAUACACCCCGGAAAGAGGUUCCAAGGCUAGAGGAGGAGCAGGAGGAGUGAUUAACAAUGGGACCAACCAAUCCCUGCCUGCAUUUUGGAACUUUGUUCAGUUCAGCACUCCCAACGGACAGAGUCCCUUGCGCAAGGACGAACCGGGAAGUCCUACUUUGAAUAGAAAGAAUAAUGGAUUUAAACAAGAUGAUUCGCCUACUAAGAAAGAUAACGUUUUAGUAUAA